AUGGGUUGUACACUAUCUAAAGAAGAGCGUGAUGCUCUUGAACAAAGUCGAAAUAUAGAUAAAAAACUUAAAGAAGAUGGAAUGCAAGCUGCAAAAGAUGUGAAACUACUUCUAUUAGGUGCCGGUGAAUCAGGAAAGAGCACAAUCGUCAAACAAAUGAAAAUUAUUCAUGAAGGUGGAUUUACACAAGAAGAUAAUAAACAGUAUAAACCGGUGGUUUAUAGUAAUACAAUUCAAUCGAUGGUUGCAAUUCUCAGAGCAAUGAACACUCUUGGAAUUCAAUUCGGUGAUAGUGAACAAGGAGCAGAAGAUGCUCGUAUUGUUUGUGAUGUUAUCCAAGCUAUGGAGGAUACAAAACCAUUUUCGGAAGAUUUACUCGAUGCAAUGAAACGAUUAUGGGCUGAUUCUGGUGUACAAGAAUGUUUUGCACGGUCAAAUGAAUAUCAAUUAAAUGAUUCGGCAAAAUACUUUCUUGAUGAUUUGGAUCGUCUUGGUGCUAAAGAUUAUAUGCCAACCGAGCAAGAUAUUCUUAGAACUCGUGUUAAAACAACUGGUAUCGUGGAAGUACACUUUCAAUUUAAAAAUAUGAAUUUCAAACUUUUUGAUGUGGGUGGACAACGAUCGGAGCGUAAAAAAUGGAUCCAUUGCUUUGAAGAUGUGACAGCAAUUAUUUUCUGUGUUGCUAUGAGUGAAUACGAUCAAGUGUUACAUGAAGAUGAGACAACAAAUCGUAUGCAAGAAUCAUUAAAAUUAUUCGAUUCAAUCUGUAAUAAUAAAUGGUUCACUGAUACAAGUAUUAUUUUAUUUUUAAAUAAGAAAGAUCUAUUCGAAGAGAAAAUCAAACGUUCCCCAUUGACCAUUUGUUUCCCAGAAUAUCCAGGUAAACAAACGUAUGAAGAAGCAGCCAUUUAUAUUCAAGCGUCAUUCGAAGCAAAAAACCGAUCACCUAACAAAGAAAUUUAUUGUCAUCAAACAUGUGCCACUGAUACAAAUAAUAUCCAGUUUGUAUUCGAUGCUGUUACCGAUGUGAUUAUAGCAAAUAAUCUAAAAGGAUGUGGUUUGUAUUAAUUGACUAAUUGUUUUAUUUAUUUGUUGGUCUGUUUAUUUUCUUUGUUCUAUGUUUCCUUUCUUUGUUUGAUAUUUGUCUAUUAUUAUUAUUAUUAUUGGUUGUGUUGAUUUAUGUAUGGUUUGUUUUUGGUGCAGUUAUUCAUCAUUCAAUUGAGUGCAUAUCUUUCUCUUUUUUUCUCUCUCGAUUACUGCUUAAGAAUCAUGUUGUACACUUGCAUAGAACCUGUGAGCGAGUGUUAGAUGGCAUGUCUACAAUGCAGAAAGUAUUUUCACAAAUAACACAUUAUAUAAUAAUAAUAAUAAUCGUACAAUUAUAAUUCACAUUCGUUUCUUAUUUGUUGUGAAAUACCUUUUUAUCUUAUUUUUUUCUUUGUGUUUUCUUUUCGGUUUUGUUCUCCCAUUUGUAAUCUACAAAAGAAUAGUUGUAUAAUCGAAUGCUUUUACAUUUCUCUUCAUUCAAAUGUUAAUACUUACUUUGAGAUACAGAUACACUUGCUUAACAAUUUCAUAAAUAACUAGAAUACACAUUUUUUUUAAAAUAACACAUACGAGUGAUGUUAGUUGAUUUUAUCUGUUCAAUGCCUAAAAUUAAAUAAAUCAAAUGUUGAAACAGGCAAAACAAUUCAUUAGUAAUAAUAAUGAUGAUAGUUCCAUUCGACUAUGUCUCUGUCUCUCUCAAACAUUUUUGUAUGUAAAAUCUUUUUCAAAUUAUAGUACUUUAAUCGGAAACAAUGAUAGAAGUAGCGGUUAGUUCAAAUGAUGAUCAAUAUUUCGUAUCAUGUUGUUAUUGUUAUUGUUGUUAUGGAACGAGUAUAGAUCAGUAAUUAAAUAAACUAUGUGCUGCCAUGUUUUGUUGCUCUUACUAAAUUUAUGAAAUGAUUAUUAUUUAAUGCUUUCUUUUUGUAUGUAUGUAUGUAUGUAUUUAUGUAUGCUUGUGUUUUUCUAUUCAUUAUUUUUAACGCUUUGUGCUUUGACACAAAUAAUGUAUUUUGAAAUAAAAUAUAUUUACAACAAUACUUAAGUUUGAUAAGGUGAAAUAAACUAUUAUCUAUAUUGUUUCAUUGUUAUGUAAUUCAAUUCACUGAGAAGUGGAAGGGAAUAUGGCAAAUAUUUGUACUCAUUCUUAUUUGCAUAACUUCAUUUUGUCACUAUUCAAAUAUUAUGAUCAUAUCUUUUGAGUUCAUUCGUUUGUGGAUAAACAAAGAAGAAAAAAAACUACUCUCUAGUGUUGGAUUUUCCAAUAGAAAUUCAAGAAGAAAAAAAGAGACAUUUUUCCAUAUGUGAAUUAGGGAAAUAAAUCGAUUUUUUUCUAUUCAUCAUAUUGUUUUCCAUUUCGUCUUCUAAUAUCCUGUUUUUUCUCUCUCUCGAUAGUAUGUAUUUUUGUGCCACACAGUUUUGUGUGUGUGUCUCUCUUUCUCCCUCCAGCGUUAAUCUCUGAUUGCAUAAUCUCAUUUUGUGUUUCUUUUCUAAGUAAAACUAUGGUCACCUUGUAUUUUCUCUUUCAUGCCUUGCCGAUUUUAAUUCCUCAAUCUGUUAUCUAUUAUUAUUACUAUACUACUGUCCAUCAUGACAAGGCAACAUACAUUCUCAAUUCAUAAAUGUGCUUUUUUCUGCUCCAUAUACAACUUAUUACUAGAUCGACAUGUGCAGAUAUGAAUGUGUUGAUACGCAGUAUAUAUAUGCACACAUGCAGUAAACAUUUGAAUUUUACGCCUAACGCUUACAUUCAUGGUUGCAUGUGCGCCAAUGACUAAAUCUAUUGUAUUCAAUUGUAGUCUUGUCUUAUAAAUAUAAACAUUUGGUACUUAACUAUGUAUUUCAUUUUUCUUCAGUUCUAUUUUAAUUCUUCUUGUCUUAAUUCUUGAAGGUGUGUGUAUGUAAAUGCAAACUGAUAAACAGGCCUGUUGGUCAAAAUUGCAUAAACAUGUUAUGCACUGCUUCAUUUCAUUGUUCUUUUUUCGACGAAUAUUAUUACUGCUAUUAUUGCUGCUUUAAUUCAAAUGUAUCAUGUCUCUUUCAGUCGCGUAUUUGGUUCGUGCGAUAUAUUUUCCUCUAAAACAUGUGUUUCGACACAGCUUUUCUCACACUUUAACUUAUGUGCACCAAUGGAUCCUCACAUAAAAUAACUUCGUUCUCUGUGUGUACGUGUGAAGAAUGAGGUACUUGACGAUGGAUGCUUUCUUUACAGAAAGCGACGGUUUUAUUAACUGAAUAGUUCUGCUUCAUUUUUGUUAAAUGUCUUCUAAUGCGUUUAAUCUUUUCUGGCUAUUAUGUAUUGCUCUUUUUUCUAUCUCAUACUCGAAAUAUUUUAUUUCGCGUAUUACUUGUGGUGUUCACAUUUUCUGACUUGCGCCCACCUCCCUCUCUUCGCUCAUUCUUUUGGUCUACAAUUCCCUCUUGUCAAAAUUCUGUUUUGUUUGACUAAACAAUAUAUAAUUAUGUAUAUUGUUUGCCUUUGAGAUAAGACAGUGAUAACAGAUAGUAACUACUACUAGUGAUAAUAACAAUAAUAACAGUAUCGAAUAAAGUAAUUUGUUUUUUGUUUCCGAAUAUCUGUUUGCUGUUAAAUUGUAUAUUAGGAAUGUACACAUGUAUGUGCAUUUAAUUGUCUUAUUGGUGACUUGAGGUUUUGUUGAGUUAGCUACUCCCAGUCCAGACGUUUAGAACGAUGGGCGGAACACUAGGGAACAGUUCAGCUGACCUUCAGCGACUCUACAACUACCCUCCAUUGCCAGACAAUGUGAAUAGAACUUUGAAGUAGGUCCCCCAACUCUUGCUGAAAUUGAGAAGACUAUAGUUAAUCUGAAAUGAGUAAGGGCUGUUGGUCCAGAGGUCUUUAAGGAUGGUGGUCCAAUUUUAGCGAUUAGGUUGAUUAAUAUUUUAGCUAAGAUCUGGGAGUUAGACGUUAUCCCAUCUGACUGGUCGCAAUCACUUAUCGUCCCAAUAUAUAAGAGAUGGUCAAAAUCAUCCUGUGACAACCACAGAGGGAUUAGUUUAACAAAUAUAGUAUCUAAAAUACUAGCCUCGAUAAUUAUCAAACGCCUAACUAAGACUCGUGAACUGCAAACACGAGAAAACCAAGCUGGCUUCAGACCUGGUCGUGGCUGCAUCGACCACAUAUUCACCAUUCGUGAGGUUCUACAACAGACAUGCUUAUCGAAGUCCGACAACGGUGGUGCUUCUUGACUUAAAAACAGCAUUUGACUCUGUAGACCGCGAGAUUCUGUGGCAGUGUCUAUCAUUGAAAGGCGUACCCCAGAAGUAUAUAAACCUUGUAAAGGCUCUUUACUCGAACACUACUAGUCGAGUCAGAGCUUAUGGCAAACUGUCAUCUACUUUUGCAACCUCAAGUGGUGUCCGUCAAAGCUGUCCACUUUCUCCAUUUUUGUUUAACUUCAUCAUAGACCUACUGGUGGAAAUAACAUUCUCGUCGACUGAAUUCUCGGGUAUUGAUCUCCUUCCAGGAGGUCCACUUAUCGACUUAGAAUACGCAGAUGAUAUAGUCCUGUUUGGUGAAGACGCUGUUAAAAUGCAGAGUCUUUGUUAGCACUAAGCAGCAAUACCAGAAUGUUAGGAAUGCGUUUCUCUCCCUCUAAAUGCAAGUUGUUGCUUCAGGACUGGUCUGUGUCAACACCUGAACUAAGGAUAGGGAGUGAAAUAGUCGAAAGCGUUGACAAUUUCACUUAUCUUGGAAGUCUGAUCAGCCCUAAUGGGCUGGUAUCGGACGAAAUCUCAGCACGGAUUCGAAAAGCUCGUUUGGCUUUUGCCAACUAACGUCACCUUUGGCGAAGGCGAGAUAUCCAUCUAUCAAUAAAAGGACGAGUAUACUGCGCGGCAGUUCGUUCUGUUCUACUUUACGGCAGCGAAACAUGGCCUUUAAGAUUAGGAGACACCCGUAAGCUACUAGUAUUUGACCACAGAUGCCUUAGAAAUAUUGCUGGCGUCUGUUGGGAUCACCGGGUAAGUAAUAGUGAGGUUAGACUCAGGGUAUUAGGUAAUGAUAGUAAAUCAGUUGAUGAGGUUGUUAAUCUUCAUAGACUGAGAUGGUUGGGUCACGUAUGCCUGAACACCGAUUACCACGACGUGCAAUGCUAACGGGUGUUAGAGAUGGUUGGAAGAGAAUUAGGGGCGGCCAAACCAAAACGUGGCAUCAGCGCAUUAAGACACUAACCUCUAGUCUGAGCCAUGUUGGUAGAUGCAGACUACUUGGUUAGGGUCCGCGUGACUUUCGUAACCGACGGUUGGAGACUCUUGGUGACGGCUCAGAAUCGACCACAAUGGCGUCGGUGCAUACACUCCCUGUCUUCCCUCAAACUAAGAGAUUAAAAUCACCUCAUAUCUUUCUUUUUACGAACUAAUUCUAUAUUCCGGUACUGUAUCCUUAUAUGCAAUCUUUCUCCUAUAUAUUACCACCUUUAACCUAACCACUCCUAUGAAUCCGGUGUUCAUCUUGCUGUGCUAAUGAGGUAUGGCAACCUGAACCGAUGCAUAUAUGUGCCUGGUCGCACGUUGUAGCUGACUGACUGAGUUAGCUAGCUGUAGUCUGGACCGGUUAUAUUUGUUCUAGACACUAAAUGAUUAUGUAUUCCAUCUGUCACUUGUAUUUAUUGUUAGAGAUGAGUAUGACACCUCACGGACAUCAUUUAUUGGGAUGCUUUUUAAACUGUCAGCUUUAUAUUUAAACACAUAGACAUUGGUACAAGAAGACACCGAAUACAUAUGCGCCACACAAACCAUACGAUGUGUGAGGGCUGAAAUACUACCUGGGAGUCCGAACUGAAACAGCUGCUUUUCUCAGGCCACUCCCCGAACCUUUGACCUAUCGACCUAAUCUACAGUGGAGCAAAGUUAGGAGAUGCAGUCCCGUGAUAGUGGAUGACCAACAAAAGGUUCAUACGCAUUUGUUCCCUGGGGCCCCUAUACACCAUUGGUUUGGGACCAGGGCCUUUCAACCCCCCUAUGUUGAACCUUCGUGUCUACCAACCCGGUUAAAGCGCCAGACAUCCGCUUAGAAUUGUUUAAUAAAUUGUGGCUUGAAGGUUAUCUCUAUCGACAUAGUAUGAAAUAUCACUUCUUUGGUAGAUAGACUUAAUUCCUGCUACGAAUCAGUGACCUUUGGACACUUAAUGAGAGAAUUGCACAAUGAGAACUUACAUCCAAACCAAUCUAAUAGUUCGACUAGAUUCAACCUAACUUUUUGAGGUGAGCCAUUCAGAACUCAACAAUAAAGAUUGUAACUCUCACUUCAUAUCUGUUGAUCUCAUAUAAUCUGAUUUAGUCUUAUUUGCUACCUAAAAUACAGCCUACUUACCGGUAGAAAACCAAAGAGGUCUCGAUUUUAAUAUCCGAUGAAAAAUACACACAACCGUAAUGGUAAGAUCCUGACUUUAAAAAUGGAGUCCAUUCAUACUACCAAGGAAGCUCGUUACUGAUAGUUGAUUCAAGAUCGGAUCACUCAUUCUCGUACUGGAGGUUUCCCUUCAGCUAAUUCGUUUACCGGUAACAGGUCGUUAUUUAAGACAAUAAUUUCACUUAUUAAGUGGGUUUUAAAAUACUUUCCCACUGUAAACGAUCACUAAUUUAUGAAGUAUUCCAUGUAUUUCGUCAUAGGCUGCACUUUCUUGACCCUUCCAAAGUUAAGCUUAAGGUUUGCAAAUCUCUUGACGAAAAUGUUGCAUCCCAAGGUAUGAGUGGUUAGUAUUUUAAUACUUCACUUUGUUCGUGAUAUAUUCCGGAAAUUUAGUUCAUCAGAAUCAUGCAUAAGGUAAUUUAGAUUUUUACCCCAUAUGUUCAUUCUUUCUCACAUUAUUAUCUGACCUACUAGUCUGUGCCGUGGGAUGAAACUUAAGGUAACACAGACAACAAAAACAACUUUUUUUACGUUUUUAUCUUAUUAGCAAUAACUGCAAUCAUUUCCGACGAUGGGAUACUUGGCUCUUACCAUUAGCAAUAAACUACUGAGCGGCUUUUGGAUGCAAGGUUUUUGAAAAAUCUGACGAUGACUGCUUUUUUAUACGACUAAUUAAGAAGCUGGGUGUUACCACUGGUUGUGAGCGAUUGUGUGGUAUCAAUGUCGACCGAACAGUCACCUGACAACCUCAGCUUGUAUGGGUUGCGGUCCACAAAUACAGAGCACAAUAGGGUAUGGUGUAUACGUAUGAAGGCUGAUAAGCAUCAAGAUACCCAGUGAUAGUCAGAACUAUUUUCAUUAAGAUUAGGUUGACAAAUACUUUACGUUCAAGCAUAUUGCAGUAUUUGGUCUUUGCCUGGAGAUGUGGCUUCUGCAACUUAGUGAUUUACAUCGAUGGUUUCAGACUUAUAAGCACCGCACAACACUCCAAAGCGCUAUCACACCUACUCCCUUACCGCUGCACAGAUGGUCUGAUCCCAUUUACUUCAUUGCCUCCAAGAGCCUGAUGUAUAUAAAUGUAUCACACUACUUAAUCUAUUUCCUCCAUUAUACCAUAUACGGAACUCUGGCGUAUUAAUGAGCUUAUGGGGUUGAUUGAUUUAACCCCGCUUACUACCUAACAAGAUUUUGAUGUCUGUGAAAUUGCGUGCGUAACAUGGUGAUGUACAUACCGUUUUCUCCAUACUCGUACUUUUAUAUCUGUUAUCUUACUGCAUUGUUUCCGGUUUAAAACAAUGUUAUUAUUACAGAGCUUGUCAUUGGCUAAUAAAACCCUAUAUUUACUGAUGUCUUCAUAAGACAUAGUUACUAAUGUGGGUACGCCACGGCAAACUACUUGCCAUUCUAUAUAAUCUACUUAAAACAGCUAUAAAGGAAACUUUAGAUUUUAUUCCUCUGGAAGUUUGACGAACGAGACACUAUGUCCGAGGGGCGAAAGUUGACAAAUCAGACAUCUUUCGCUGGAAUUCAGAAACUAUGGUCGAGUAAUUGUUUAAUCUGAUGACAUAAAAGCUCAAAAAUUAAGACAUCAGAUGGACUGAACAAAGUAUCAAGCUGUAAGCUCUGAGGGAUGGUCAUGGUAAUUGAUUCUUCAAAAUUUAAUGUACGUCAAACCUCGUUACUUUUGUAAAUAACGAUUCAGGUAAUCGAAACUAACAACGACACUACUAUGACAAUUAGGAAAGAUCGUAACCAGACACUUAAUGUGUAAUAUUUGCAAUGAGGUCGAUAACCGUAAAAAUAUUCAGAUGACAAGACACCAAUUACUUAUUGAUAUAGUACUCACCGCAACAGUCCCGUCCAGCAAUAAAUUAGAUCGAUUUAUAAACAGGAAGUGGAACGGAUCACCUAAUUUAUGAUUAUGAGGAUUAUAGUGACUGAACGUCUAGGUGUCAGAGAAAAAGCAUAAAAUGUGAUUUAACACCUAUAAAAAAUCUAAGAUGGACCACGUAAUAGUUACAAAUAUCUUAAACUAGAUAUUAACUAUUAAUCACUAGUACCGCCUUCUGUGUGACCAAAAAUGGGAAAAUUUGAAAUCCACUGCAGCCACAGCUAUUGUGACCUGAUCUAUAUGAUUAGUAUUGACAGCCCCAGUAACAGAAAGGAAAAUCACUUGAGGUCGAUGGCCGUAGUUGCAGCAUUUCCUAUACUUCAGUAAAAAUCUGUCCUCCAAAUAAUACGAUCUACACCAUAAUGAUGUGAAAGCUACUGGGUACCACUUUGAUUUCUACUGUUUCCAGAAAACCGUCGACAAAGAAAUUGAGUUGGUAAUUAAAAUAUAUCUGGAGGUUGUAGAUUAAUUCUUAAAAUAUGAAAAAUGUAACUUGCUUCAUGGAGGAUGAGACCUCUACCAUAGGCUGAGGGAAACGGCAUUUCUUCGCCACAAAAGUCAGGGGGUUUGUGUUGGAUACUUAGGGUACUAGUGACCAAAGGCUUGGAUGCGACACGUGAUAAUCACGGGGCGGGUAUCCAUGAUGGAAAGCUUAACGAACUCAAUGAAAAACCCGAACUGGAUUCCUUGGAUAACGGUAUUUACAAAGGCUUGGAAGUACUGCUGAGACAAUCAUGACUAUAAUGCAUGCAGCACCAUACUGUCUGAUUGACUUGCUGUAAUCACUAGUCAAUAUGCAGGAUUAGGAAAUAAAAUCACUACGAAUCCCAUGACGAGGUCAUACUGUCUUACUUCAACUGGCAACGUUCUGCCUAAAUUUGAUCACAGGUUCAUACGUAAACUUUUAUUGCUUGAAGUUGUAAUCUACUCAUAGUAAGAUCCGUAGAGGCAUUUUUAUUGUUUUGGUUGCUGGCUGGCGACCCUAGCUAAUCAGUCAGUCUAAUGAUAUGACACUGUACAUAUUAAGGUGAGGGCCAUAAAUUUAAAUACACAUACUACCAUAUAGCACAAGAACAGAAACAAGUGGGGCUGUGUUAAGUAAAAUAUGUGCGUUAUAUCCUGACGGUACAAUACAAGAACAGUACUACAACGGAAAAAUACUGUGAAGUCAAACUUAAGGAAAUGAGAUUAAUAACAAUAACAUUUAAUCCAUGAUAACCUGUAUUAUUAGUCAAACUUCUUGAAACCAAUUACAGAAGCAUACUGUCUAAAGCAUUGUCUACACAUAUGUAGACCGUAUUUCCGGAUCAAACCAUGUCGAUUGGAACAAACACGACAGCAUCUACUGCCUUGACCAUAAUUUUUCGGACGUGAGUGCCAAAUGUUUUCGUGACCCAUGGCUACACAGCAAUUCAGCUACUUGCAGUGAAUACUAGCGCCUCCAGGUGAUUUUAAACAAA